AUUUGUCGCCGUGUUGAAGUUUUUUUUGCCAUUUCGACGCUUCGUGAGGUUGUUGGAAGUAGUUUUUAGCUGUACUUAAUCUACUUUUUUGCGUACUUCAUGAAAUAGUUGCGCUAGCUUUAAGAGUACUUUGUACACGUGAUCUACUUUUUUUGCACACUUGAUGAGGUCGUUUUGGGUUUACUUUGUGUACUUGAUUUACUUCAUGAGGUUGUCGAGGUACUUUUGUGCGCUUGACCUUUUUGGUGCGGUUUUUUUUUUUUUUUGAGGUGGUUGAGUUAGUUUUGUGCGUAUUUGACGCCCCUUCGUUGUCCUUCAGGAAGUUUUGCGCGUGUUCGUGUACUUUUUUUUUUUUUUUUUUUUUUCCCUCCUCUUUGUGGCGACGGCAGGCAACCACGUGUCGUCCCUGUCCGACUUCCUGUUUUGACGGAAAAGAGUUCAAAGUUCACGCAGAGGACUCUCCACGCAAGCGCGUUCCUUCCGACUAAGUUGAACGCGCGCGCCCGGCGCCCGCCCGCGUGCGAUCGAUCCGCCGGGCGCGCGCGCGAGCGAGAUGAGCGUUUUGUCGGCGCGAGUGUCGGCGCGUCAGCUCGUCCGGUGUCGAACCAGCGAGAGCGGAGCGGAGCUGCGAGCGAGCGAGCGCCACGACGUCCGGUCUCUUCGGACUCUUCGGUCUCGUCCGCUUCGGGUGACAUGCGGCUCCGGGAACCGGCUCCGGUCCCGCCGUUUUGGGGACUCUUGUGACGGAGGGAGCGACAUGGCGCUCGGACGGCGGCGAGCGCGGGGCAGCCGCCGCGGGGUCAGAGUUCAGCUGCGCUCGGAAAUGUGAGAAAGAGGUCGAGGGGGUGGGGGGGGGGCCGACCCCCGCCGUCCGUCUUUCUUCCGGAGCUCCGCCGCUCGAGCAGUCAUCAUGUACUCCCCGCUUUGUCUCACGCAGGACGAGUUCCACCCGUUCAUCGAAGCGCUGCUGCCGCACGUGCGCGCCUUCGCCUACACGUGGUUCAACCUGCAGGCCAGGAAGAGGAAGUACUUCAAGAAGCACGAGAAGCGCAUGUCCAAGGAGGAGGAGCGCGCCGUCAAAGACGAGCUGCUGGGCGAGAAGCCCGAGGUCAAGCAGAAGUGGGCCAGCCGCCUGCUGGCCAAGCUGCGCAAGGACAUCCGGCCCGAGUUCCGCGAGGACUUCGUGCUGACCGUCACGGCCAAGAAGGCGCCGUGCUGCGUGCUGUCCAACCCGGACCAGAAGGGCAAGAUGCGGCGCAUCGACUGCCUGCGGCAGGCCGACAAGGUCUGGCGCCUGGACCUGGUCAUGGUCAUCCUCUUCAAGGGCGUCCCGCUGGAGAGCACCGACGGCGAGCGGCUGGUCAAGUCGCCGCGCUGCGCCGACCCGGGCCUCUGCGUCCAGCCGCACCACAUCGGCGUCUCCGUCAAGGAGUUGGACCUCUACCUGGCCUACUUCGUCCACGCCGAGGACGGCCAAUCAGAGAGCCCCGACCAGGCCGGCGAGUCCGACGUCAAAGAGCAGACUGAAAAUGGUCAUUUGGGUUUCCAGGACAGCUUCGUCACGCCGGGAGUGUUUACCGUUUCCGAACUUGUGCGAGUCUCACAAACUCCCAUCGCGGCCGGCACGGGCCCCAACUUCUCUCUGGCCGACCUGGACGGCUCUUCGUACUACAGCGUGAGCCCCGGCGCCGUUCGGCGCCCGCUGCCCGGCACCUCGUCCUCCUCCUCCUCCAGCUCGGCCAAGCGUAUCAAGUGCAUGGAGGAGGACGCCGACAGUCCCGGCGACGACCCGUACUAUCCCGCUCAGGGACGCUCGCCGGGCAGCGUCAGCCAGGCCGGCGGCUGGCACGAGGAGCCAGGAUAUAAGCUACGCGGCUCGCUAGCUAGCUCCUUCAUCUCCCGACAAGCCGGCCCCCACGCGCCCCCGUCCGGCCUGCACUUCUCGUCGUCGCCCAUCCUGCAGCAGCCCGCCGCCUCCUACUUCUCCCACGCCGCCAUCAGGUACCACCCGCAAGACCCCCUCAAGGACUUUGUGCAGCUGGUGUGCCCCGACGCCGCCCAGACGGCCGGACAGGCCAACGGCAGCGCCCAGGGAAAAGUCCACAACCCUUUCCUUCCGGCGCCCAUGCUGCCCCCCCCUCCGCCGCCGCCCAUGGCCCGGCCCGUCCCGCUGCCCGCGGAAGCCAAGCCGCCCGCGGCCUCGUCCGCCGAGGGGGGGUCCGACUCGCCGUCUUCUCCGACGUACUCGGCCCCGCCCGCCGGCUCUCCCGCGCAGCGAUUCGUUAGCGUCGGGCCGCGAGACCCCGCCUUCAACAUCCCGCAGCAGCCGCAGUGGUACCUGGGCUAACUGGGACUCCGGAGGCUCCUCCCUCCCGCCCGCCCGCCUGCGCCUGACUCCGCCCUCCCGCGCCUGACUCCGCCCUCCCGCGCCUGACUCCGCCCACCAGCAUCAGCAUGGCUAGGGGCGGGGCCGAAACUCGCAGCCCCGCCCCCCCCAACACCUCAAAAGGCUCCUUCCUUCUUUUGGGGGUGGGGCCAAACGGGACCACUCCCAUCAUCUGCUGUGGCCCCGCCCCCUCCCUCAGGGUGGGGUCCCAUCACCAGCUCAAGGCCUCUGCCCCCCCCCAAGGAGCUGAGAAUGGGCGGGGCUUGUCGACUCUUUGCCGGUUGUCACGUGACCUUGACUCCUCCUCCUCCUCCUCCUCUUUGUCCCGCUCGGGAAGAAUAUUCAAUAUGAAAUAUUGAACAUUGGAAUAUGAAAUAUGGAACAAUGCGGAGACGAGGAAAACGUGCAAUGUUUGCAAGCUCCAAGCUUCUUUUUUUCUUGUGUCUG